AUGGUCGUCCAACCAAGGAACCCAAGCCAAACUAGCUAGCCUGCACUAGCUUGCACCCUUAAGAAAUACAGCGAGAGAGAUGAUGAGAGUGGCCGUGGUCGGUGGUGGCCUAAGCGGGCUAGUGGCGGCGCAUGAGCUGGCGAGGAGCGGCGGCGCACGCGUCACCGUGUACGAGAAGGAGGACCAUCUCGGCGGCGCCAAGACCGUCGCCGUCAAUGGUGGAUCAGGCCCUGUUCUGGUCGACCUCGACUUCAUGGUCUUCAACCGGGUGACGUUCUCAAACAUGAUGGAAUGGUUUGAACGUCUGGGGGUGGAAAUGGAGAAAUCGGACAUGUCAUUCUCAGCAAGCUUACGGUUAAACGAAGGUAAAGGCUUUGAGUGGGGUACCCGCAAUGGUAUAUCUAGUGUUCUGGUGCAGAAGAGUAAUUUGCUUAGCCCCAGAUUCUGGCUCAUGAUCAAUGAGAUAUUCAAGUUCAAGAACCAUGCCCUCAAGUACCAAGAGGACUAUGCACGAAACCCUGACAAGAAUGAGACUUUCGGUCAAUUUAUUCAGUCACAUAGAUAUUCACAGCUGUUCCAGGAUGCUUACCUUAUCCCAAUGUGCGCAUGCAUUUGGUCCUGUCCACCACAGAACAUAUUUGGCUUCCCUGCUGGUUUUGUGCUUUCAUUUUUUUGUGAUAAUCAUCUUCUCGAGUUGUUUAGUCCCCUACAGUGGCUAAAUGUCAAAGGUGGUUCUGGGUGCUACGUGAAAAAGGUAAGAGAGGAAUUGGAGAGCAUGGGUUGUCAAAUUAAAACCGGAUGUGAAGUGAGAUCAGUUUCAAGAUUUAAUGGAGGUUACCGGAUUUUGGAGGCUGAUGGCUCAGAAGAGAUGUAUGACAGGAUCAUAUUUUGUGUUCAUGCUCCUGAUGCUCUAAAAAUACUAGGAGAAGAAGCAACACCUCAUGAACGGAGAGUUCUAGGAGCUUUCCAGUAUAUCUACAGCGAUUUGUAUUUCCACUGUGAUGAAAGUUUUAUGCCACGUAAUUCUUCUGCAUGGAGUGCGAUGAACUUCUUGGGGACUACAAGCAGUGGUGUUUGUGUUACCUACUGGUUAAAUAUACUUCAGAACAUUGAAUCUGCCGGACCUUUCCUUGCAACACUUAACCCUCCUCGUGUUCCCGAUCAUGUAUUGCUAAAAUGGCACACUAGGCACCCGAUUCCUUCCAUGGCUGCUGCAAGGGCUACUCUUGAGCUCAAUAGCAUACAAGGGAAGAGGGGAAUAUGGUUCUGUGUCCCAUAUCAACAAGGUUAUGGAAAUCAUGAGGACAGCGUGAAGGCUGGGAAAGCAGUAACUUUAGGGUUGCUUGGCAAGAAAUGUGACCUUUUGGUGAACCCGAAACCCAUGAUCGUCCCAUCAUGGACUGAGGCCGGCGUACGAUAUAUGGUGGCAAAAAAUCUAGGAAAAUUCAUAACCAUUGGUAACUUCAGCAUGCUCGAAGAUGGAGGCACUUCUCUUAGUUUUGGCAAAACAUGUGAAAGAUGUCAACUAAAAUGUGUGAUACGGGUUCACAACCCCCAGUUCUAUUGGAAGAUUGCAACCGAAGGAGACCCUGGUUUUGCAUAUUCCUACAUCAAUGGUUAUAUCUCGUUUGUUGAUAAAAAAGAAGGCAUCCAGAAUAUUGUCGAGAUUAUUAUUGCUAACAGAGGUGAACGGAAAAGGUUGAGCAGUACCCGUGCCAGGAAUAAAAGUGGUUAUGUAAAAAAGGGCUGGUGGACACCCUUGUUUAAAAAAAAUGGAGCUGCAAUGGCAAAAUAUGUUUUGCAUGAAGUCUUAAGGAGAAACACUAUAUCAAAAGCUCGUAAAAAUAUCUCUGCACACUAUGACCUGAGUAAUGAUUUCUUUGCUCUUUUUCUGGAUCCGACGAUGACUUACUCUUGUGGUAUUUUCAAGGCGGAAGAUGAGAGUUUAGAAGCAGCGCAGCUACGUAAACUUGACAAUCUAAUUAAUAAGGCUAAGGUGGAUCCGGGGCAUCAUGUCCUUGACAUUGGCUGUGGUUGGGGCUCGUUAGCAAUACGUUUGGUGAAGAGAACUGGCUGCAAGUGCACGGGAAUUACAUUAUCGGAGGAGCAACUGAAAUACGGAAAGAGAAAGGUGAAAGAAUUUGGAUUAGAGGACCACAUAACUCUCCUGCUUUGUGAUUACCGUCAAAUACCGAACGGCCAGAAGUUUGAUAGGAUUAUAAGUUGUGGGAUGCUUGAACACGUUGGCCAUGAGUUCUACGAAGAUUUCUUUGCCUCCUGCGAGUAUCAUUUGGCCGAACACGGCCUACUUGUCCUCCAGUCCAUCGCGGUCCCAGAGGAACUGUACGACAAAAUGAGGACGAAGCCUGACUUCCUGAAGGAAUAUAUCUUCCCAGGUGGCUGCAUACCUUCUUUAGCUCGGAUUGCAUCUGCCAUGUCUAACGCAUCAAGGCUGUGCAUACAACACGUUGAGAAUAUUGGGUACCACUAUUACCCCACUCUGAUUCACUGGAGGGAGAACUUUGAGGCUAAUGAAGAAAAAGUUUUGGCCCUAGGAUUUGAUGAAAAAUUCAUCCGUACUUGGGAGUACUAUUUAAACUACUGUGCAGCUAUGUUCAAAUCACACAUGGGUUUAGAUUACCAGAUAGUGUUUGCUCGCGCAGGCGAUGCGAAGUUGCCGAGCUAUGUCGCCAUUGCGUAAAUGGAGGAGGACGUCGUGUUUAUGUUUUAUAUGUGAGACAGAACAUUGUAUUUUCUUUGUUAGUUAGGAAGUCCAACAUUCGCCAAAUAAAAAUGGUUUGCUAGAGAUGACUCGAGGGUGAGACAAGUGUCAAAGCCGCAUGAUGAUUAGGUUGUCAACUUCCGAGAGUUUUUCUUGGCGGGGCAAAGGUUUCCUAUGAUCCUUUUUGUAUUGAAUGUGAUAAAGAAGUUUAAGGUUAAGUUUCAUCAUUUGAAUCCUUUGUGAUUUUCUUUUUAUUUUUUUUGUGUGGGUACGAAAGUCUCAAAAGGUAGAAGUUAACUAGAACAUGUUUGUGCAUACGUAUUGAGUGCACAUUCAACCGAGGAAGGUGUCUGUGUGUGGUGUAACCUUCACAUGUCAGUUCAGGCCUUCAGGGUUUAUACCUUUUGUUGGCUAUUUGUUGAAUAACAGUGCUAUCAUGUGCAGUGUUCGGCCUACAGUUUCCAUUCAAAAUUUCCAUAGUGGGCCGGUAAAACCCGUCAAAUUAUUGAAAGCUUGAUUGAAUUUGAAGGAAUUUCGAAUUUCAUCCAAACCGGGUGCUCUGUUGGGCACACUACUGAGCCCUUUGUAGCACCAGCGUGCAUUUAUCCUUUAUCUCCAGCAGUUCCCCAGCGGUCCCCACUCCUGGCUCCACACUCCCACCCGAGCAGCAGCAGAGGCUGCCGGCAGCACCUCCCCCGCGCUCUCCCGCUGCGCUAUCGCCGCCGCAUCAACCUCCCGCCGCGUCGUCCUCUGAUCGACUCGGAUGGCCGAGGUCACGCCGCCCGCCGACGGGCAGCCGGCGUCGUGGUCGGAGAUCCCGCGGGACCUGGCCGGCAUGGUGCUCUGCCUCCUUCCGGCCUAUGCGGAUCGCGCCCGCUUCGCUGCCGUGUGCCCGCAGUGGCGCGCCGCCGCGCGGCUGCUCGCCCCUUCCUUGCCCCCGGCGCUGCCACUGCUCGCGCUCCCGAACGGCAUCUUCUACAGCCUCCCCUACAGCAAGCCCUGCCGCUUCCCUGGCUCCGGUUGCGUCGGGUACAAGGGCGCCGCCUUUGGCAGCUGGCUCGUCUUCCCGCGCGACGAAGGCUGCUUCUUGGUCGACCCUUUCGCUGGGGCCACCGUGACGCUCCCUGCUCUGUCUUCCGUCCGGCUCCGUCCACCAAAUGCAGCUGAUAAUUACGUCAAGUAUCAGGAGCGUGCUACACCCAAUGGCAGACAUUAUGUCACGUGGCUGGAUAUCAGAGACUCCAAGCAUGUGCCCACAAUACAUUAAACAAGCUGAUCAUGUGCUCUCCAAACCUCGUCGCUGCAUUUGUUGGCACAGGACACAUAAGUCAGAUUCUGAUGUGCCAGCCAGGCGCUUCCUCAUGGUCUGUUUGCGCAUAUGAUCCGUGUGCUGCAUUUGAAGACAUGGCUUUCUAUCAGGGCAAGCUCUACGCCCUUGCUGAUGAUGAAAACCUCCUCGUGGUCGACAUCAGCCAAGACCAAAGCACUGGCGACCCACAUGUCUGUCGAAUUGGACAGGUCAUCAAGGGUGAUCCCGACCAUUUGUUUGAUGCUUGGAUGCCAGAUGACACUACUGGCAGAAAGAAGCUGUACCUAGUCGAGUCAUGCGGUGCAUUGCUGAUGGUACGCAGGAAGGUAUGCUGCAGAAUGGUAGACGACACAGUUGUUGCUGGACGGAUUUGUGAGUUUGAGGUGCUGGAGGCUGACUUGGAGCACUCGCAGUGGGUGGAUGUGACAACUCUUGGGGAUGACCAGAUGCUUUUCCUUGGACGACCGUGCUCUAGGGCUGUGUCGGCAUCUCAGUAUGGGAUGUCUAAUGAUCAGAUCUUCUUCUUAGAUGAUGUGAUGGAGAAUGCUGAGGAGUAUGCCUUUGAUGAGGAGAACACUAGUGUCAAUGUCUACGACAUGAGGAAUGACGAGGUCUCUCGUCCUCUGCAGAUGGUCUGGAAGCACGAGAUGUUUCUUGCGACAUGGAUGUUCCCUAGGAGCUAAAUAGAAGGUGUUACUAUGCGUCCUGGCACUGAUUACUAGCUGUCCCUGCCUGUUCUAAGGUGAUCAAUUACCCCUAUGUCAUAUGCUAACUUCAUCAGUGUUUUGUGGCUUUAGUGUGUUGGCUACUUCUAUAUUGGGAAAAUAUGGUGGUUACUGGUCAUGUGCCUGUGCAACCUAUGAAGUAGAUCAAAGACUAAAUUGUCUAACCGUACUUUGAUCUAUAUAUGCUUGGUACCUGUAAGAGCAUUUAAGUUGAA